AUGUUUUCCUUGGUUCUUCUUGCUCCUUUGGUUUAUGCCGUGAAUGUUACCCACUAUGCCCCCCGCUCGACGAACAUCAACAACCUCACGUAUGUAGUGAAUGGGACGACGGAUGCGCCGGGAAUAUUCAACAGCUCUACGACGCCGGACUCGGAAUAUGGCACGUACAACUGGUGUAAUAUGCCUCACGUUCGCGUUAACGAAUACGUAACUCCGUCCUCGAAUUACACCCUCGAAUACGUAGAGGUCAUUCAAAGGCACCACAAGCGCACACCGUAUGCGUCCAACACGUUCUUCAAAGAGGACGUAGCGUGGAGUUGUAAUGGUUCGGGUCCCGCCUAUUACGCUCAAAGCACCACCGGACCAGCCGUUUCUGAGAUUCAGUGGCAAGCAUCUUCUAAUCCUACAAACCCGUGGACAGAUAGUGUUGGUCCUGGAUUCGUAGGGUCUACCUGUCAAUUCCCUCAGAUUACGACGGAAGGUCUCUUCGAUAGUUAUAUCCAUGGUGCCGAUUUGAGAGAAGUCUACGCGUCCCGACUUGGGCUCACUUCCGAACUUUGCACAUCUCCAGCUCAAAUUCGCGUAACUAAUAACGUCAUCACUUCUCAGGUCGCUGGAGGUCUCGUAAAAGGUCUCUUCCCGGACACGACUGACGCUGAAGUCCUGAUCGAAAGGAGCGGAAUCGAUUCCCUCGAACCCAGCCUUUCUUGCACCAAUGCCAUCAAGCCGGGUACAGGCGACGAAGGUGCUGGUGACGGGGGUGUCUGGAAAGGCCAUUUGGCUGCAGCGCAAUCACUGUACGAUAAACUAGAUUCCGUAUCGGGAAUUGCGUCCAAUGACACUGCGAGUUGGCAUGUCAGUUUCGAUCACUACUACGAUAACUUGAGUGCGAAGCAGUGUCACGCAAAGUCGUUGCCGUGCAGCCUGAACGAGACAGAUAUAUGUGUUACACAAGACGAGGCCAACGAAGUCUACCGCCUCGGCAACUGGGAGUACUCGUACAUGUACCGCGACUCGCUGAAUUCCACGAAAUACAGUACGCUCACCUACGGCGCGUGGUUGCUCGAAUUCAAGGAUCAUCUCGAGACCGCCAUGAGUAUAUCGAAUGGGACCAAAUAUUUCCACAAUGUUGCACAUGACGGUUCCAUGUCCGCUCUUCUCGGUUUCCUUCAGGUAUCAGAGAUGGUUUGGCCUGGGAUGGGAUCAGAAAUCGUCUUUGAGCUAUACAGUGAUGCGGAUGGUGCGUACUUCCUCCGCGUCUUGUGGGGUGGCCAGCCGAUGGAGACCUCCACGCCUAUGGGGACACUGAAUAUGAUUGCAGCGGAAACUUUGAUUGACUAUAUUGAGGAGACGGUCGGAAGCGGGGAGGAGCUAUAUACGGCGUGUAUGUCGUAA